AUGGGCCUCAAUUUCGACUCAACUGCUGCACAACAGCUAGCUGAUAUCGUUCCACAUGGUCUGGCCAUCCUCAAUCAUCAAUAUGAGCUAGUGUCUGUCAACUCUCGCUUUCGGGAGCUGAUUAUAUGUUCAGACGCAAAUUUUUUUCAUUGCUGGUUGCAGUCGGUCCACCCCGGCGACGCUGAUCGGAUCGUUACUUGUUAUAAUGAGGCUUUAUCAUCUAAGGAAGCAUUUCGUAUUGAUUUUCAUACACAGAUUCAUGACACAUGGUGUGUAAUGACUUUGAAUCCGCUCGUCGGUGAAAAUCGCCCCCUUUUUGGUCUGGACGCCAAUGGUGGAUUUAUCGUGACGGUCGCGGAUAUAACACCAGAAAAGAGGUCCGAAUUUUCUCAGAGAAAGCUUGUCAAAGAUGCGCAAGAGCACAAAAAGCAGCAAGAGCGAUUCAUCGAUAUGAUCAGCCAUGAGAUACGGAACCCCCUUUCUGCAAUAUUACAUUGCACUGAGGACAUCAUCGAGGCGUUGCAUAACAAAGAAAAGCAUGAAGUACCGCUUGCACGCAUUGCCGAGUCAGCGGAAACUAUCAGUCUCUGCAUUGCGCACCAGAAGAGAAUACUUGACGAUGUACUUACUUUCUCAAAAAUCGACGCAUCAAUGCUACUAUUAUCACCGCGAAGGGUGCAACCUAAGUUGUUUUUUUCAACCCCACUUUCUCUCUUUCGGCCGGAGCUACAGAGGAAAAAUAUUCAAUUCGAUUAUCAGGUCGACUUUUCUUACGCAGAAUGUGAAAUUGAAUGGGUUAUGGCCGAUCUUGACCGAAUGGGCCAAGUUCUUAUCAAUCUUCUUUCAAAUGCAAUUAAAUUCACGGCCAGAUCCAAGAAUGAGCGAAAGAUUCGGGUCUCAAUUGGUGCUUCAAGGCAACGGCCCUCUUCAUACCCGCCAAACAUUGUUUUCUUCAAUUCGGACGAGAUAGCGCUUGGUCUUGAUAGAACAACCUCGCCAGAGUGGGGUGAUGGACAAUUUGCUCAUGUCAUGCUCGCUGUCAAGGAUACUGGCAUCGGUAUUAGUGAUCAUGCUCAGAUGCGGCUAUUUGAAAGAUUUAAUCAAGCGACUCCAAGGACGGAAAGAAUCUACGGAGGCUCAGGUCUGGGUCUAAAUGUCAGUAGGAAACUAUGUCAUCUACAUGGCGGAGAGAUUGGCGUAAGUUCCAAAGAAGGGGAAGGAAGCACUUUUGGAUUUUUCUUCCGAGUGCGCAGGAGUACCAAUGCAGGCGGUGAAGGGGAUUGCGGCAAUAACCUCUCCGAACUUGACAAGUUGUGUCACGACGUCCAAGCGUUAGGGAGGGAAUUGGCCAAGGUCGAAGGACCGACACCGGAUAGUCGAAUACCAGAGGACCCGCCACUAACUCAUAUCAAAGAGUUAAGACCGGGUGCCCCCCACGAUAACAGAACGAGGCAUACAUAUGAGAUCGCAAGGCAGGCAACAACCGACAACAACGAAAUCUGUCGAAGUCACAUUGAGGAAAGCGCCAAUCGCCGCAUACUCGUGGUAGAGGAUAAUUUUAUCAACAGAAAAAUACUAUUACAGAAAUUGAAAUCAUUGGAAUUUCAAGUCAUGGAGGCUAGUAAUGGCCAGGAGGCUUUGGAUGUCGUCCAGAACAACACGCUCGAUUGUAUUCUUAUGGACCAGGAAAUGCCUGUGAUGGAUGGAAAUUCAGCAACCAAGCGGAUUCGAGAACUUGAGAAUGGCAGUAAUGCACACAUACCCAUAUUGGGAGUGACAGCGAAUGUCAGAAUGGCGCAACAGGCCGAAAUGCUUGAUGCUGGGAUGGAUGAUAUCAUUCACAAGCCUUAUCGCACCGAAGAAAUCGUUGGGAAGAUCUGCCAAUUGGUUCCUUCGAGGUGUCCAAUCAAGAAGUGA